AAUCUGAACCGUUAGAUGUUCCUUCCUCAUUCUCAGAUCUCGAAACCCUAGAACCCCAAUCCAAAUUCCAUCCUCUAUAAAUCACACAAUUCAAAAUCAAACCCCCCCUCUCUCUCUUCCCCUUCAUCUUCUUCUUUCUACAAACUCCGUGUUUUUCUUCAUACUGAUGAUAUAUACAACAACAACAAUACCAAGAUUGAGAUAAACGACAUCGUUUUGAAUAAUUUUCUGUGAUGGCUUUGAAAAAGAGAUUGGUAUCUUCUUCAGAAACGACGUCGUGUGAAGAACGUUAUGUAAGCUAUGAAGAGGUGUUCGUACCGACGGAUAAGGGUCGGAAAGAGGUUCGGUAUUAUCUGAAAAAGAAAAACGGUGGUUCGGAUCUUGCUCUUAUAGGUAAAGAAAAGAGUUCUAGACACAUGUCUUAUCACUAUGCAAUAAGAAAAUCUUCUUUGGCUCCUUUCUUCAAACUCAAAUCACGUAGAGAAGUUCUUGAUUGGUUAGAUUCAAUUGUUCAAGAUUUUUCUAACGGGGAUGCGAAUAUGGUUGAGGGAAAACCUGGUUUUGAACCUGCGGAGAUCGGAACCUUGAAGGAUAAUCAAUUGCCAAAGCUGCGCCUUUGUACCAAAGAAUUUGCAUGGUUAGGGUCUCCGUGGACUUGUAAGAAAAGAAGAUAUCACUAUGAGUCAUUUAAGCGGAACGGUUUGCAGAUAUCUGUGAAUGAUUUUGUGUUUGUUUUAGCAGAGGAGAACAAACGUCUGGUUGCCUACUUGGAAGACAUGUACGAGGAUUCCAGAGGCAACAAGAUGGUUGUAGUUCGCUGGUUUCACAGAAUUGAUGAGGUUGGUAUUGCUUUGCCUCACAGUUUUAGUGAACGAGAGGUUUACUUUUCUCUUUAUCUUCAAGAUCUGAGUAUUGAAUGCAUAGAUGGUUUGACUUCCGUCCUCAGUCCCCAGCACUACGAGAAGUAUCGGAAUGAAGCUUGUCAUGCUCGUCCAGAACCAUUUGUGUGCCGCAAGAAGUUUGAUGAUGACGAUGUCAAACCGUUUGAUAUAACUCAAAUCAAGGGUUAUUGGAAACAGGAAAUACUGAAGUCCUUGAAUCCCCAAUCUGACUCAAAGUCUAAUAGGAGUUCAGGGAAAUCAGAAGAUAGCCAAGAUCUGGAAGAAAACCUACAAUCUUCUUCUGCGAUCAGACCAAAGAAGAAGCAGCGGUUUACAAAAGUUGACGGAAAAGAUGCAGUUGACUUAGUUUCCCUUCCAUCUGAAAAUUUGAGUAAUUUUAAGAUUGAGGCCAAAACCAGUAGUGGAAACAACUCCUUGAAACCGGUCGUGUCCAGCAAGUUGCCCACCAUCAAAGAGACAAAUGAAGCUGCUUCACAGUAUUUAGCUGUAGGUUCCCAAGUUGAGGUCCUCUCUCAAGACAGUGGGAUUAGAGGAUGUUGGUUCCGAGCUUCUGUUAUCAAGAAGCACAAAGAUAAAGUGAAGGUGCAAUAUCACGACAUCCAGGAUGCAGAUGAUGAAGCUAAGAAGCUUGAGGUUUGUUAUAAUAUCUUUUUCCCUUUGUCAUCAUUAGUGGAAGACUUGCUAAAUGUUAAGACUAACAUUUUUUUUUUAUUAAUUUUCUUGAAGGAAUGGAUUUUAGCUUCUAAAAUUGUGCUGCUUGAUGAUAUAAGUCUCCGAGUACCUGAGAGGACCAAGAUCCGGCCUCAGUUAAACAAACGUGGAAUGUCGUUUGUGGGUGAUGUUGGUUACGUUGUUGAUGCCUGGUGGCAUGAUGGAUGGUGGGAAGGCAUUGUUGUUCAAAAAGAGUCUGAUAUUAAAUAUCAUGUUUAUUUCCCAGGCGAAAAGAAGCUGUUAAUUUUUGGUCCUGGUAACUUAAGGCAUUCUCAAGAUUGGACAGGGAAUGGAUGGGUAAAAGUGAGGGAAAGGCCUGAUCUUGUGGCUUCUAUAUUAUCAAGCUUGAAAACAAAACAAAAAUUGUGCAAAUCUUUUAACAGAAAAGCAACCGUAGCAGCUAUGGGAGAUGGAAUACAAUCUAAGCAGGCUGAUACUUUCUUGGGUUCUUCUGAAAGCAAUGAACUUCGAAAUGCUGAUGUAGUCCCAGAUCUUUUAAAGGAUGUUUUGUUCUCCGAGUUGAGGUGGAAGUCAUCCCGGAAGAGGAAUCGAAGUGGUACCUCUCAGCAAAAGCAGCAGUCCAAUGACAGACACAGCAGAUUGUCCCCAAAGUUUCUCGAGUCGGAUGCAACAGAAAGUUUUGUGAUUCCAGCUUCAUUGAAAGUUGACCAUGACGACUGCAAAUACCCUGGAGAUCCUUCCAUUUUCAGUUCCUCGGUCGUGCCAUCUUUAACCAACAUGGUCAUGUGUAUGUGACUCCAUGUUGUUUUCUAUUCUAGGUUAUUUACUUCAUCAUCCCUUUAGCCUAAACACUAUUUAUUUUUAACCCUUCAACUUUGGUGCAUCCAUUUGAUGCUCUUUUUUUCUCAUGAUUUGUUCUAUUGUUUUAUUCCUAACUUAGAAAUUGUAUCUUUUAGGGUCUAGUCUUUUGUUUCGACCUAUUUAUUUAUCUUGUUUUCUCAUGGCAUUGGAGCUUCAUUUUGUUUGGGUGAUUGUAUCCAUUAGGAAGCAAGGAUGAUGUUGACAAGAAAGUGUAGUAACUUUGUGGAAUAAUAACCAACAAAGACGUUGACUUUAGGGAUAGUUUUUACCAUUGUUUACAUUUCAUACAAUGUGUAACUUUGGCCAAUAAGAAUAUAAGAUGUACCUUUCUUAUGCUUGUCUA